UUUCCCCGACGCCCGACGGGGAGUGAUAUCAACGGUCUAGGAAAAAGUGAAGGGGGGCGACUCUAAGACAGAGAAGGAAAAAACAAAAAAAAAAAAAAAUACUCAGGUAGUGUUGUCGAAAAAAUCCGUUUUCAGCAGGAAUUAUUCCCCCUUGGUGAGAGCACGAAUAGGUUCUGCGCGAGUGACUAGUCGAGUUAUUGUGCAUUGAAAACACACUUCAGAAGCGAUAGGGGAAAAUACGGAUUGGACAUUUCGUCAGAUUCGAAAUUCGCUGGAAUUUUUUUUUUUAAAUUUGGACUUUCUGAAAACUGCACGAAGUUUAUUUCUUAUUGUGGUUGUGUUUGCUGUUCGCGGUGCAAGAUGGAGUUGUGAUUUCUUUUCUAACUGUGAGAUUCUUCUGGUGUCUCGACAGACACAGGAAGUGACGACACAUUCUCACACCGCUGGGAAAAACAUGAGCGAGUCGAGGCAAUGAAGGAGAAGUCUAAGAAUGCCGCCAGGACGAGGCGAGAGAAAGAAAAUGCCGAAUUCUACGAGCUGGCCAAGAUGCUGCCCCUGCCGUCGGCCAUUACGUCACAGCUGGACAAAGCCUCCAUAAUCCGGCUCUCGACGAGUUAUCUCAAAAUGAGAGCUGUAUUUCCUGACGGUCUCGGUGAUGCAUGGGGUCAAAGACAACCCCCGAAAACCCCUUUGGAAAAGGAGCUGGGGUCACAUUUGCUGCAGACGUUGGACGGGUUCAUCUUUGUAGUGGCACCAGACGGGAAGAUCAUGUACAUCUCAGAAACUGCCUCGGUUCAUCUCGGUCUGUCUCAGGUGGAACUGACAGGUGGAAGUAUAUACGAGUACAUCCACCCUGCAGAUCAUGACGAAAUGUCUGCACUUCUGACGGUGCACCAUCCUUACCACACCCACAUUUUACAAGACGUGGAGAUAGAGCGCUCCUUUUUCCUGAGGAUGAAAUGUGUGCUGGCCAAACGCAACGCAGGGUUGACUUCCGGUGGUUACAAGGUCAUCCACUGCAGCGGAUAUCUAAAAAUCAAACAGUACACGAUGGAUAUAGCCCCGUACGAUGGAUGCUACCAGAAUGUUGGAUUAGUAGCCGUGGGGCACUCCCUGCCCCCCUCAGCCAUCACCGAGAUAAAGAUGUUCUCCAACAUGUUCAUGUUCCGUGCUUCGUUAGAUCUGAAACUCAUUUUUCUCGACGCCAGGGUAGCAGCAUUGACUGGAUACGAACCCCAGGACCUGAUUGAGAAAACACUGUACCAUUACAUCCACGCCUGUGAUAUUCUCCACAUGAGAUACGCUCACCACACAUUGUUGCUCAAAGGUCAGGUGACCACAAGGUAUUACCGGUUCAUGGCCAAGGACGGGGGGUGGGUCUGGAUGCAGAGCUACGCCACCAUCGUUCACAAUAGUCGCUCCAGCAGACCACACUGUAUUGUCAGUGUCAACUACGUGCUCAGCGAGGUGCUCCAGAAAGACGCCCAGAUACAAAUUGAGCAGACGAUGUCCUCUAAAGAACUCUCCCCAUACUCGGCCAUGAAGAACAGCAGCUCCACCACCAACUCCACCGGCAACGCCAGCGCCGGAUCCGGCGGGAAAACCCGACCGGCAAGAAACAAAUCCAGGCGGUCUCCCUACCCCCAGCUGUCCACGGAAACCCCAGAGUACGGCUCCGACUACUCCAUGGAGAAGACGCCCCUGGAGUACCCGACCCCGGAAGUCCCGUCCGUCCCGAUUCAGACGUACCCCAACAUGAUGUACCCCACCACCCCCGAGUCCAUGAGCGUGGACAGGUACAGCGCUUUGUACUCCACGCCCUACCCCCACCCGGGUAUGACGAUGUACCGAGACGCGGCCUGUGUCUACUCACCUUACCAAGCCGCCGCCCACCAACGAUACCUAGAUAACCGCAGCCCGUACAGAACGUACGAAGAACGGUACUACCCGGCUCGCGAUCCGGCAGCGUACCCCGGGUACCUGUCUUCAAACGCGGCCAUCCAAAGCGCCGCGGCGGCGACGACGUCAAGACUAACUCACAUGGGGGAUUCUUGCCAUGAUCCGACCCAAACUGGAUUAACCGGGGUGCAGUCUCAGUACGAUUUCCGUACCGGAAAUGAUAUUUCCGGAAAUAACUCGGGUUUGAUUGGAGCAGGGAUGAGCUGUUCGAGAAGUAGUUCACGCGAGGCGCCGGCGUACAGUGUUCAGCAUUAUCCGGCGCCCUACAGCAACCGGUCGGAGUCGUCGGCGUCGGAGGUGGACGUGGGCAGCGAGGAGUUCACGGAGAAGCAGCGUCAGCAGAAGCAGAAACAGCACCAGCACGCCAAACAGCAGCACAGCGCGCAACAGCAGAAACAACAACAACAACAGUCGCAGCAUGCGCUGGGGCAGAUUUCCGACCCCACGAAUAAUUCUGGAACGAAUUCGAACGGGGUCGGAGUAAAUGGAGGGGUUGGGGGCGUGUUGGGUAAAUUUGAACUGUCCAAUCAUAAUAAUGUUAAAGAGGACACGCACUCUAAAUCAUCAGAUAAUAAUAGAUCAAUAUCAACAGUCUCGCCCCCUCAAAGAGAGGCGUGUAUACCGCAAUCAGUAAUUAUUCGGCGCCAGUCUAAUGUCUCGUCGACAGUGACGUCAUCGGAACUAGCGCGGGGCAUCGCGUCAUCACCGGAGUAUAAAAACAGCAUGAAGGGAAGUAAUAAACCCAGCGCCUCUCUUACUGGGAGUAGCCUCUCCUACAUUCAGCAGACUCCCCCCUCCAACUCGGAGUCAUCGUCGUCGUCGUCGUCGUCUUCCUCAUCAUCCUCCUCCUCGUCCACGUCGUCCACCGUGCACCACCACCAGCACCAAGGACACGCCCAGCCGCACCAUCACCUGCAGCAGCAGCAGCAACAACAACACUACUGCGGCCCCAACCACCACAGCACGCCACUGCACGGCGCGCACCACAAUCAAACCAACCACCCUGAGGUGAGAAAGACGCCCGGCGCCGCGGAAAUCAUCCCCCUUGCCACCUCCCUCUCGCACAACAUGGAGUUGUCGAUCCCCGGGGACACGGCGACCUCUGGCGUCGAAAAACUCUACGACAUCACCUCCUCCACCGCGAACAACCACCCGAACGGUAAAAACUUCAGCAUGUCUUCCCCGGAGGACGCGAACCCCACGAACAAAUACUUCGACAUGUCCUCCGUCACUUCCGGUAACAAACACUACGACAUGACGUCACCGCCGAACCACAAACUCUACGACAUGACGUCACCGCCGAGCAGCAAACUCUACGACAUGACCUCGCCCACCGCCGCCAACAAACUCUACGAGAUGUCCGCCGUGCAUCACCCCACCAAAAACUUCUACGACAUGUCCGCCGCCGUCGCCAACAACCCUACCAACAAAUUCUACGACCUCUCCUCUUCCGGCGCCCCCUCCCCCAACAAGUACUACGACAUGCGGAUGAUGCACGACAAAGCCCUCACCGCCACCGCCAACGACUACAACGCCUGCUUCAAAUCAGCCUGUCCCUACGACAACUACGCCCAAUCCAGCAUGUACCAAACGGCUGCGCUACAAUCCCAAAGACCAUAUCCCAUCGUCCCCCAGGCCGGAUACACCAGCGUCAUAGUCGACCCCCAGCAAUAUCAGAUCGCCAAUGGAUACGCUGUCCACUAGCAAUCGCUCCCGAAUGUACUACGAUUACAUAAUACUGUGAUGAUGGUUCCCAGAAAGUUGGUAUUAAAAGAAAAUCCUCAAAUAAUUUAUUCUUUAUGAAACUCAACAUAUUCAGAUACGCUGAUCAAUAAAUUAUUUCAUAAUACAAAUCGUACACUUAAUAUAUGGGUACACUUCAUAUAGUGAUGGAGAAUUUACAGCAACUUUUUAAACUGCUCAGUAUUUCUUUUUUUUUUCAGCUUCAGAAAUUAUUGUAUUGAACUUGUUUUUUGAGGAAAAUGUUAAAUUCAAAUUUGUUUUAUGUGAACAUGAUUUAUUAAUGUUGUUUUGGGAGAAAAUAAUAAUGGGAGAAAAUGAUUUUGGGAAAAAUGAUUUUGGGAGAAAAUGAUUUUGGGAAAAAAUGAUUUUGGGGAAAAUGAUUUUGGGUGAAAUAGAUUGUAUUGUUGUUGCUUUUGGAGAAAUGAUUGUCAAACUUGCUUCGGGAGAUAAAUUUGGAAACUCCUUGGGGAUGUGAAAUAAGAUUAAGUGCAAUUGAUAUGUUGUGAAUCUUUAGCACCACGUACUGCUAUAUGUGGUUCUAGCUGUUGUGUGUGCGUGUUUUAAAAAUGUAGAAUAAUGUAGAAACAGUUAUAUCUGAAGUUAGUUGACGUGUAUGUGUGAGAGAGAGAGAGUAUGUGUGUGUACAUUAGCAUAUAUAU